GGCGCGGAGCCGGCAGAAUGGACGGAGCCGGGGAGCGCAGCCUCCCGGAGCCGGACAGCCCGGGCUCCCGGGCUGGCGAGGAUGUGGAGAUCGUGGUCAACGUCGGGGGCGUGCGGCAGGUGCUGUACGGAGACCUGCUGUGCCGGUACCCCGAGACCCGGCUGGCGGAGCUGCUGACCUGCCUGGCCGGCGGCUACGACAGCAUCUUCUCGCUGUGCGACGACUACGACCCCGGGAAGCGCGAGUUCUACUUCGACCGCGACCCGGACGCCUUCAAGUGCGUCGUCGAGGUGUACUACUUCGGGGAGGUGCACAUGAAGAAGGGCAUCUGCCCCAUCUGCUUCAAGGGCGAGAUGGACUUCUGGAAGGUGGACCUCAAGUUCCUGGACCAGUGCUGCCGCAGCCACCUGCGCGAGAAGCGCGAGGAGCUGGAGGAGAUCGCGCGCCGCGUGCAGCUCAUCCUGGACGACCUGGGCCUGGACGCGGCCGCGGGCCGCUGGCGCCGCUGCCAGCAGCGCGUCUGGAAGUUCCUGGAGAAGCCCGAGUCCUCGCGGCCGGCGCGCGCCGUGGCCGUGCUGUCCUUCCUGCUCAUCCUCCUGUCGUCCGUGGUCAUGUGCAUGGGCACCAUCCCCGAGCUGCAGGUGCCGGACGCCGAGGGCGGCCGCGUGGAGCACCCGGCGCUGGAGAGCGUGGAGACGGCGUGCAUCGGCUGGUUCACGCUGGAGUACCUGCUGCGCCUCUUGGCCUCGCCCAACAAGCUGCACUUCGCCCUGUCCUUCAUGAACGUCGUGGACGUGCUGGCCAUCCUGCCCUUCUACGUGAGCCUGACGCUCACGCACCUGGGCGCGCGCAUGAUGGAGCUGACCAAGGUGCAGCAGGCGGUGCAGGCGCUGCGCAUCAUGCGCGUGGCCCGCAUCUUCAAGCUGGCGCGCCACUCCACCGGCCUGCAGACGCUCACCUACGCGCUCAAGCGCAGCUUCAAGGAGCUCGGGCUGCUGCUCAUGUACCUGGCCGUGGGCAUCUUCGUCUUCUCCGCCCUCGGCUACACCAUGGAGCAGGGCCACCCCGAGACGCUGUUCAAGAGCAUCCCGCAGUCCUUCUGGUGGGCCAUCAUCACCAUGACCACCGUGGGCUACGGCGACAUCUACCCCAAGACCACGCUGGGCAAGCUGAACGCGGCCAUCAGCUUCCUGUGCGGGGUCAUCGCCAUCGCCCUCCCCAUCCACCCCAUCAUCAACAACUUCGUCCGCUACUACAACAAGCAGCGCGUCCUGGAGACGGCCGCCAAGCACGAGCUGGAGCUCAUGGAGCUCAACUCCGGCGGCGCCGCCGGCGGGGGCGAGGGCCAGGCCGUGGGCUCCCGCGGCGACCUGGACAUCCUCCCACCCGAGCCCGCCGCCGCCGCCGCCGCCGGCAAGGAGGGGGCCCGGGGCAGCCGGCUGAGGGUCUCCCACAGCGACACCGUCAUCCCCCUCCUGACCCAGGAGAAGCACCACAGGACCCGGCUCCAGAGCUGCAAGUGAGGUGGGCCGUCCGGGCGCAGGUGGACGGAUGCGGUGACUGUCCUUGCCCCCCCCCUCCCCUCCUGAGCAGAGCCCUGAAGGCCCUCUGGGCGCCUGCCAUGGGGCUGGGAGAGACCCUUUGUGUUGCUGGCGGUCCGGGAGCCG